GCUUCUGCGCUCUGGACCGACGCCUUCCACUCGGCGGCGGCCAGCACCGUGAACCUCAGCGACCUUGAGUGGUUCCUGCUCUUGUACGUGAAGCACAACCUGUGGAAAGAGGCUUGGCGAGAGGCCUCCAAGGAGCUCCGCGCCUCCGAGGCCCCGAAGCUCUCGCACUUCGGGGGCGCCGUGCGCCCUGGCCCUGGGGUGGGUCACGCCGCAGAGGCGGAGAAGGCGACGCUGGAGACGGCAGCUGCGCGAGAGGCACUCUUCGAUUGGGCACGGGACCGUCUCGGAAAGGAGAGGCCUUUCUUGGAGCCGCUGCCGGCGACGCAGACCGUCCUGCAGGAUAGCCACUGGAACGGGCUCCGGAAGAGUAUGGCCUGGCGCGUAAUGCUCCCACUGCUGGACUGUUUGGAGUCCGAGUCCGAUUUCCAGGGGGCGAUGGAGGAGCUCUUGGUGGCAGUGGACGACAGCCCGUGGAUGUUGAAAACAUUGGACCCGCAGCAUGCGCAAGCAUUGUUGACGCGGGUUGCUCGGAUACCGCCGGUUCCUGCUGUGGCGGGUCGAAGGGCCAAGAUGGCCUCGAUGUCUUUCAAAGUUCCUUUGUGCAGUCGCCUCAUUCCGGAGGAAGAGUGCAACCUGGCCAUGGUGGAUGGUGAGCUCAAGGUCGAUGAGGCCAACCUGGACCUCUCGCCUCCCGCCUUCACGGGCUGCAAGCAUCCGAUGCUGGGGACGGAAGAGUUGAAGCCCGGGGCUGCAAAGAAAGUCAAGGCCUGGAUCCUCCCCAUGUCGGGGCCUUUCCGUGUGGCUCCCGUGGCUUUUGGAAAUGCGGACCCCGAGUGGCGGAACAACCGUGCUCAGGCGCCCCCGGAGCUGGGUAUUGUGGAGGCGGACCCAUACGGAACCUCUAGCUCCAGGAAGUGCGUCUGGGCCAUGAUGCUGGUUUCCAUCCUGCUGAUCUUGCACGUGCAGCGCGAUCGAUACAUCGAGGCGCUUCGAUGGCACGGCGGAAUUAUGGACCACGGCCCUCCGCUGGCCUGGGAGGUCCAGCCGAUCGUCCUGGCCAACGACACCUACGAGGCCACCUUCCUGGCACCUUCCCUGCGCCGCGCCUCGACGUUCGUGAAGCUGGAGUCCGGAGCCCCCAUGGCCGUGAACGGACUGGCCAGCACCGUCUUUUCGGAUGAGAACUUUCAGAUCAAUACCACCGCCUGGACAGAGAAGGGGCCCCGGCCCCCUCACCUAAGUAGCGGUGUGGGGUCCCUAGUCGUCGGCUCCGCUGCGUUGCGAGGAGCUUGCCAGGGAGAUUUAGGAGCGCCCUGUUUGGUGGCCGUCCAAAGGGCCAUUGGGCUUGCACCGAAGGAGGGACAAGGUCUCACUGCCUGCCAUCGCUUCGUCGCUGGCCACACCGUCGCUUCUCUGGCGCCGCUCACCGGAGCCCUCUGCGUCAAGUCAUCGCAGAUCUACGCGGCCAUGGCAACAGCUACAGCCAACCGCUCGGAUGUGGUCCUUGCGUGGGAUCCGCGGGAUUCCCGUGCCAACUCUCGGCCAAACUCUUGCUUGGCUCUGGUUUCCUUCCCAAGCAUGCAAGUCAUGGGAAGCUUGGCGGUCGACCUGGCAUCGGCUGUACUGCACGAUAAGGUCACCGGGUCCAUCAUCAUGCUCAGCUUCUCUCCGUCUCAGACGAUCGUGGCAGACCAGUAUCAUGCAGCGACCUUGAAACCGAUGCUCAGAUACUCCAUCCCCAUCUCCGUCGCCUGGCUGCUGCAUGCACCGAAGAUGUCAGAUGGCUACCUCCUCUUCCUGGGAUCCGAAGCACCUUUUGUGGGCUCGAUCUUCGCUGUGGACCUGAGACGGCAGCUGAUCUACCAGCAGGACUCCCCACAGCCCGAUUUGAAGCCCUCAACCCCGUCCUAA